AAACGUGAAGUUGCUACUGUGAGGUGUAAGAAGUGUAUUGUGUGAAUAUUUUAAAAUUUCGCUUAAUUCUACUAUCCGGACUAUUGCUGAAGUUGUUAGUGAAUAGGAUAAGGAUUCAAAAUGGGUAAAGACUACUACAAAAUAUUAGGUCUUUCUAAAGGCGCGACUGACGACGAAAUUAAAAAAGCGUAUCGCAAGCUGGCACUGAAGUACCACCCGGACAAGAACAAGGCGCCUGGAGGCGAAGAAAGGUUCAAAGAAGUUGCAGAAGCCUAUGAAGUUCUGUCUGAUAAGAAGAAACGAGAAAUCUACGAUGCGCACGGUGAGGAAGGACUCAAAGGAGGAAUGGGAUCACACAACGGACCCGGUGGUGGCCAGUCUUUCUCAUACACUUUCCACGGAGACCCAAGAGCCACUUUUGCACAGUUCUUCGGUUCGGCGAGCCCGUUCCAAGGCUUCGACUUGAACGGAUGUGGCGGUCGUACGACCAUGUUCUUCGAUCGUGACAUGGAUGUGGAUAUGGAUCCCUUCGCCAACUUGGGUAUGGGACAGACGCGGCCCGGUGGACCAGGAGGCGCCUUCCGCAGCCACAGCUUUAACUUCCACGGAUCGCCAAGCCGGAAAGAGAAGACUCAAGAUCCUCCAAUCGAACACGAUUUGUAUGUGUCCUUGGAAGAUAUCGCGCGUGGAUGUGUGAAGAAAAUGAAGAUUUCCCGCCGUGUUCUACAGCCCGACGGCACAUCUAAGAAAGAAGACAAAGUGUUGACCAUUCAUGUGAAACCUGGAUGGAAAGCUGGAACGAAGAUCACAUUCCAGAAGGAGGGAGACCAGGGCCGGAAUAAGAUACCAGCAGACAUUGUGUUCAUUAUCAGAGACAGACCACACUCUCAAUUCAAACGAGAAGGCAGUGAUAUCAGAUAUACAGCUAAAGUUUCAUUAAAACAGGCAUUAUGUGGUACGAUCAUUGAAGUGCCAACAAUGUCAGGAGAGAAGUUAACAGUGAACUUACAAGCUGAAGUAGUGAAGCCACACACAGUGAAAAGGUUCCCAGGGUAUGGUCUUCCCUUACCUAAGGAACCAACGCGGAAAGGAGACUUGCUUGUUGCGUUUGACAUCAAAUUCCCCGACCGUCUCUCAUCAGGAGUUAAAGAAAUUCUCAUGGACACACUACCUAAUUGAGCCAUCAGACUGGAUAAAUUAAUAGUGCAGAUUUUAAGUGUAUAAUGAAGUUGGUUCUGACUUGAACUGGUGGUCUUAGUAUCUGAAUUGAAGUCAUUUAGCUACAGCCAGAGCCGGAUUCAAGACACAUUUUGCUAGAUAGUGCAAUUGUUUACAAAGUAGUUAUCAUACAAAUCGCCACUUAUUGUAAUUCUUGUUAAUUUGCUGGAUUUUGUUAUUUGUUAGCUACACAUGUUUUGCUAGAACAUCCUAGUGAGCCUAAGUUCCUGGCCUGUCUGAACCAUCUAGUUUAUAUGCUCAAAACUAGUGAUGGGACAUUCCUACUAGCUCUGUAGGAAACAACAUACUCAUUUAUGUUGCCUAAUUAUGUUACUGACUGUAAUAAUAAUAGUUUGAAUGGCUAGCCAAAAUUUAGUUUGAUUGGGGUAGAACUCCAUGCGUUUUAGUACGGAGAGCUAAGUAAGAUUGUGGAAAAUUGUAUUUAAUUGUGUUUAAGUUGUAAAUAUUUUAUACUGUACAUAUGUGAUACAACAGUAAUUGUAAGUUUUAGGUUUCAGUAGAAGCUUGGAAUUGGCAAUUGCAAUGUAAAUGGUCUUGAAAUUUAGUUUGUUAUGCUUCACAGCAAGCUAAGUUUCAGAACAGUGGAUGGGUCUUGACUUGUGUUAGUUGUGUUGUGACAUGAAAGUGACAUUUAUCAUAAACUUAUCACUUAUAAUUGCUGUUAAAAAUAACUAAUAAACAAAAUACUAUAUUA